UACAACCCCCGCCAGCCCCCGCGCGGCCCCGCCCCGCGGAGCCCGCAGCGCUGUCGUGGCGCUGGCCGGUGCCUGAGCCGGGCGGCCGAGCCGGAGCUGGGCCGUGGCAGCCCCACAGAGCCGAGCGUCCCUCAGGCGCCGUGGGCCCGGGAGGCGCCGCCGUCCUUCUCCUCCUCCCUCGGCAGCUCCGGGCGCAGCCAUGCGGCGCGCGGGGCUGGGCGAUGGAGCACCUGCUGGGAACCAUGGCUAUACCAAUAGUGGAUACAGUGUUUAUGAAGAAGAAAAUGACAGGUUAACAGAAAGUCUGCGUACAAAAGUCAGUGCCAUUAAAUCACUUUCCAUUGAAAUUGGAACAGAAGUAAAAAACCAAAAUAAAAUGUUAUCAGAAAUGGAUAAUGAUUUUGACUCUGCGGGUGGACUUCUAGGUGCAACCAUGGGCCGACUGAGAACACUCUCCAGAGGAAGCCAGACAAAGUUAUUAUGCUACAUGAUGCUCUUUGCAUUGUUUGUUUUUUUGGUAAUAUACUGGAUUAUUAAACUGAGGUGAUGCAUGUUACCUUCAGUUUAAAUUGUUUAAUUUCAACUAUGAAGCAGUCUUAAUUAAUGAAGACAUUGAUCUAAAGUUACAUGUUCUGUUGGUAAAAUACAGUGAAAUUAUUGUAAAUUGCAUUAACUAUUAAUGCAAUGUUAUAUAUAGUUUUCUUAAAGUAUCAGAAUUUUUCCCAUCAUCCUCUGUUUUGGGGGGAUUAUUUGUAAAUAUGCAGAAACUGCUAGCAUAAUAGGUUGCUUUCUUAGGGGAAAAUAGCUUUUAGACUUGAUUUGAAAAGUAUAGAGAACAACGGUUGUUCGGAUAUUAAGCAACUGCAGAAUUACAAGGCUUUCUUUUUCUUUCUGCCUUUCAUUCUGGGCCAUGCUCUAAAUUAGAGCUCCAGUUUCAGGCAUGUAGUAAUUUCUAGGUUGCAAAAGCAUGAAGAAUACUUGGAUCUUUCUAAAUGGGUUUUAUCUGUGGAUUUUUAAAAGGCUGGACUGAAGCUAACAAAUGUAAUAGUAGUACCCCCCCAAAUUAUUUUUGUGGAUAGGUCUGGUAGCUUAUAUGUUAGGUAGCUUAAACUGUGUUAAAGCUGGAUUUUUUUUUUUUUUUUUUAAUUUAAAUGUGACAAAUCAUGCUUACCCAUCUCUGCCUUUAAGCAAAUGCCUUUGAUCGUUGGGAUCAACCAAUAUGGACACAGUGCAAAUGUAUUCUUUAUAUUUAAAGUAUAUAAACUUAAUGAUUCCAUUGAAUCACUUAGAACUUUUACCAUUAGUAUGUUUACUUUCCAAUUUGUGAUGAUCUCUAAAUCUACACUGCGUUACGUCUGAAAUACAAGGUCAGAUAUUUUGAAUUUUAUAUUAAAGUGUAUUGUGAUGCACUUGUUGGAGGUGCUGUCAUAUUAAGGUUUUUUAAGACUUUCCUUUGGAUCACCAAAUAGUUUCUAACAGGUGAAGCUGUUAUGUUGUUGAGUUUAACAUUCAAAUAUUAAGUUUCUUAAUUGAAAUUGUAGCUACAAUUUUUGGAAAACUUUUCUAGAAAUACUGUAUAACAUGUUGUCAUUAAUAACUAAUUCCAAGCUGACAAAUAAAGUGUCCUGUAGUAUUCUA